AUGGAAUCUGUAGAACAGUAUACAGAAAAAAUGAGAACUUUAACUCAGCAGUGCAUUAAAAACUUCAAUCAAUUUAAAGAUGUAACAAUUUCUCUACCAUAUUAGGAAUCAUACUAUCAAGUCAAUGGCUUCAUUGACUCUAUUUACUAUUAAUUGUGUUUAAAGCCAGCACCUGAAUAGAAGAAGGACCAUGAAACAAGUUACAAACUUGCUAAAUUACCUGAUCCUACUCAAGUGAAAAUAGAUAUGAUUGUUAUAAUUCAUAAUGAAAUAUGUUAAAAUGAUUUAAUUUUUCAUCUUUAUUAAUGA